CUCUAAGAAGUUGGCAGCACUGCUGGCUAAAUGAAAACAAGUCGCAUAAAUUGCAAAUAAUUAUUGAGCAAAAGUAGCAAAAAUAUGUCAAAUGCAGAGACACAGGUAUCCAGUUUGCCGAUGCCGCCAGAGCGUUACAUCAGCAACUACACGGAAGAGAACAUAAGGAGAAAUCGAGCGCCGCGUCCGCCGCCGCCACCUUCACAACAUGAAGUGUAUAGCAUGUUUGGGAUACAGUAUAACAACGACGAGAUGAUACGCUCACUGGAGUCGCAAAACAUCAAGCGCCUAAUACCAAUACACUUUGACCGUCGAAAGGAGCUCAAGAAACUGAAUCACUCGCUGCUCGUCAACUUUUUAGAUCUCAUUGACUUUCUCAUAUUGAAUCCGGAUAGUCCAAGGCGCACAGAGAAGAUUGAUGAUCUGAGUUUGCUCUUUGUAAACAUGCAUCAUUUACUUAAUGAGUUCAGACCACAUCAGGCGCGAGAAACUUUGCGAGUGAUGAUGGAAAUGCAAAAGAGACAACGCGUCGAAACGGCCACCCGUUUUCAGAAGCACUUGGAGCGAGUGCGAGAUGUGGUCAAUAGUGCAUUCUCUGCGCUGCCCACACUAUUUGAUGAUGACGAUGGUUCGGCCAAGGUCAAAAUGGAAGUGGAUCCUUUAGAGUCGAAUGCGGCAGCCAAAAAUGAUCCUAGCUAUCAACAUGAUCGCAUGAUGUGUAAACUUGUGGAUGUCAUUGAAUAGAGACACGAUUUGGUUUAAAAGGAAACUUACGAAGCAUAUGUAUUAGUGCACCCUUCUAGGCUAACUGAUAUCUGUAUAAAACUAUUAUAAUUAAUUAUAGGAAAUACAUAAAAAAAAACAACAAUAAACAUAAUCAACGGUUAUGGUUUAAGAUAA